AUGAACCGCAAGAAGCUGCAGAAGUUGACCGAGACCUUAGUGAAGAAUUGCAAGCACUUUAAUAAAUUUGAAGUGAACCGUCUUAUAAAGCUUUUUUAUAGCUUGGUGGGAGAUGUGGUAGAGCGACCAGGUAUGGUCAUUGGACUAGAUCGUAAUGCAUUUCGAAACAUCCUGCAUGUGAGAUUUGGAAUGACAGAUGACAUGAUUAUGGACAGAGUAUUUCGGGGUUUUGAUAAAGACAAUGAUGGCUACGUAAAUGUAUCAGAGUGGAUUAAUGGAUUAUCACUGUUUCUUCGAGGAUCUUUAGAAGAAAAAAUGAAAUAUUGCUUCGAAGUGUUUGAUUUAAACGGUGACGGAUUCAUUUCAAAGGAGGAGAUGUUUCACAUGCUGAAGAACAGCCUUCUCAAACAGCCCUCCGAAGAGGACUCCGACGAAGGCAUCAAGGACCUGGUUGAAAUAACACUGAAGAAAAUGGACCAGGACCAUGAUGGGAAGCUGUCUUUUGCAGACUAUGAGCAAGCUGUGAGAGAAGAGACUCUUCUGCUGGAAGCUUUUGGACCGUGUCUCCCUGAUCCAAAGAGCCAGAUGGAAUUUGAAGCCCAAGUAUUCAAAGAUCCAAAUGAAUUCAAUGAUAUUUGA